UGCAUUUCGAGUGUUGUUCCCAUCGGUAAAGGACGUGCUUUUCCGCGGAGGUUCAACCUUUGUCAGGAAUACGGGGUUGGUGCCAUUGAUGUUGUUUAGUGGUUUUUGUGGACUGUAGACGAAGUACAGCGUUGAAAUUUUAGUGCUAAGUGGGGGGCAAUCGCUGCCGCUGCGUAGAGGUUUGAUGAAAAGUGUGAAAAUUGUUCACCUUUGACCCUCCUUCGUGGUGGAAUGAAGUGAAUCACCAGAGGCAGCUUUGGAUGAAGAAAGUGUCGCAUAACUCGGGUGUACAGUAAAUCCUCGCGAUAUCGGAAAGCAUCGUCGUGCUAAGGAUAACCACGAUUCGUGCAUCCGGUUCGUGAAGGUUUCAUUGUAACUCAUUUUAACACAGCCCGCACGGGUUUAAUGUUCGAGGUGGGAAAGUGAUUUCCUCGACAGUGCUCUUGCGUCUUAAGUGUGGCAGCUUAAUUGAUUUUUAUUUUCUGUAUUAAGUGGAUUAGUGAGGGAACAGCGGUACACGUUUGCCAUCAACCAGUAGAAGUUGCAUGAAUGUUACAGUGGUGGUGGGGAUAGCGAACCAGGAAAUAUAGACCACACAAAAGGAAGCCGCACGUAAUCGAGUGGGACGUGGAAGUGAAAAGCCGCAAAGUACGCAUUAAGUGGCCAUAUUUUUUCAACCCCAACGGGAUAUCACCGGCCUCGCAGCAACCACACCGGUCCAACAAAGAUGAUUCACACCAAAAGUACGAUAGUUGCAUUGCUGCUGACAGUCAUCCUAUCCAUAUCACUUGAAAGCAAUAGUGCAGCUCCUGCAUCAUCACAAACAGAAUCCACAACUUUAUCUCAAACUCAGGGUAGGAGUAUAGAACCAGAUAGCAUAGACGAAGAGGUACUCGAGCUUGAGCAUUUGAAGCAUCCUCCACCGCAGCCGAGUGGGGGUGCCAACACCAAGGAGGAAAUUCUACCCCAGCUGGAAAAGCAACUGGAGGAGGAAGCUCAAGCGUCCGCUUCGAUAACCUCCUCGGAUGAGGUCGGCGAUGACAACGACGAUGACGACGAUGAUAAUGAUGACGAUAAUGACACCGGUGGUGACUCCAACGAUGGCGACGACGAGGGAAGCAGCGACUAUGCCGAAAAGUUGGCCAAGGCAUCCGAGAGCAUGCUGCUGAAGACGUUGGCAGAAUAUCACAACCAACAACGUCAAGAACUGCAAGCGGCCCAGCACCAGCAUCAUCUUCCGCCGGUCGGAGGUGAUAGCAACAAGCUCGACGCGGCUGAUGAGAACAUGAAACUAAUGAAGUUAUUACCAGGGGCUGCACGGCUUACUUUUGGGCAACGCUACAGUUCCGAUAGUACGACAACGACAACCACAUCAACGGCGGCCCCAAAAACUACACCACGUUCGCAGCCUGAAGAAAUUCCCAACAAUGAAGAGGAUGAUGGUUCUCACACAAACAACGGCCAUCGUCGAGGCGAUAAUGCUGAAGUAUUGCUGCGACAUAGUGGUGGCCAGUAUUCAGCCUUCGACAUGUCCCAAUACGUUUUCUGGACAGGCGACGAAGCCGGAGUUGCACGAGCUGUAGAAGAGCUAAUCCAGAAAGGACUGAUGACCCGCGAUAAUGCAAUCAAAUUUCUGCGAGACAUUCGUCUUGGCAUUGACUACCUUCAAAACACAUAUUCAAACCAUCCGCUGAAAACGUCCGAGAAGCAUUGGAAUACGGAAAGCAGUGUCGCAGCCAGUACCACUGGAAGCACCGUGACCGAGGCACCGACUACCAUUGCAACGCAGACAGAAACAGCAACAGCCGGCGUUAUGACCGGACAACCAGCAACACUGGCACCAGAAAUCCUAAAGGUUAUCGAAAGGUUACCGAGUCUUUUGAAACUGAAUGAGCUUAACGAGCAAACAGAUUCUACACAAGAUUACGACGACGUGGUAGGACGGUUGCGGUUGGCUGAUUUCCUAUAUGCGGAGUAUUCGUUGGAAGAAGUUAUCUAUCAGCUGGCGAAGGUUAUGUUCACCCAGUCCCUGACACGGGGCUCAGAGCCGGCCCAGCAUGCUUUGCAAAAGCUCACGGAGUUUCUGGAAUCUGAAGGCAAUCAUGGACGAAUUUCACCUGUGCUACAGAAGAAGAUUCUAGACGUUCUUUUGGCUGCGCUGGCUGAUACUCUGGCUGAAAAUCCCGAACUAUUGAAAGCAGCACGAACUGCACUGGGAAAGCAUAUGGAUAAGAUUCCUCAAAGAUUCUCUCAUGCUAAUCAUUAAACGAUGAGAUGCUCUAGGCACAACAUGUGGAUCUGUUAACCAGCCUUGGAUUUGUUUCCGUAAUAAAAAAAUAAUGAAUAU